AUGGAUCGAUGGAAGGGUAAGACAGCAGUGGUGACCGGUGCCAAUGCUGGUAUUGGAGCGGCUAUUGCAGUACAGCUCGUAAACGCUGGUAUGCGCGUCAUAGGUCUUGACGUAAAUCUACUAGCAAACAAGAAGAUUUCGCAAGCGCAAGGGCAGGGUUCGCUACAUUCGCUGCAUUGUGACGUAACUAAAUCGGAUGAGCUGACUACAGCUUUUAAUUGGAUUGAAGAACAAUACGGCUGUGUACACGUAUACGUUAACAACGCAGGAGUGAAUAUACCUGGACAUAUUACUGAUGUAGCUGGUGAGCAAAUAAGUGAUGAGCAGCUGCUAAGGGUGAUGAACACCAACAGCACAGCAACAAUUAUGGGCACUCGGCUAGCUGUCGCCUCCAUGAAGAAAAACUCUUUCGACGGUCAUCUCAUCUACAUAAAUAGCAUCGCCGGACACUACAUUCCAACGUCAGCAUCUUUUAAUGUUUACACGUGCAGUAAGCACGCCGUCACAGCGUUUACGCGCACUAUAUCGCCGGGGCUGGUAGACACCGCAAUGGCCAGCGGUAUCAAGGAUAUGCCCAGUUUGAAGGCCGAUGAUGUAGCAAAUACGGUGCUCUAUGCGCUCUCCGUACCACCUAACGUUAAUAUUAGCGAAAUAACGAUCCAGCCGGUUGGUGAAAAAAGGUUAUAGAAAAAACUCAAUAUAAUCUACAAUUGCGUUUCAAAGGAAUUGACUGUUAGCGAUAAGGCCACUGCUUCUAUUGUACUUUAAAUUUAUAUUUGUUUUGCUGUUUUUUUUAAGGUUGGUAAAAACUAUUCAUACUUUGAAUUAUAAUGAUCGAAAAAUUAUUAUUUCCUUGUUAUUUGUGUUCACUUCAUUCUAUUGACAUAAUUGUUGGUGACCUGCUACGCAAACCUUUUUGGCAUGUUUAUUUUAUAAAUUCUCAAUUUUUAAAUAAAUGUAAUUCAUACUUUUAGACUUACGAAAACAAAUGUAAAACUUCAGUGAGAAUACAAAGAUACGGCUGUGACGGUGUGUUUUUGUGGUUUCCUUUGAAAUUACCUGGUAGCCAAAUCUCUAUCUUUU